AUGACGACAGAUCUUACAUCUCCAGAAUCGACGUCACAAAAACGUCUGCGACGUACAAAACAAGACCCACAGUUUAUUUUUGAACAUAUUAGUAAGACGGUCGACUCGACACCUGUUGUAAACAAACAAAAGCCAAAAAGCGUUAUUUCCACUAAUGAUACUGUUCCCGGUGCUGAUCUUUAUGAGCCUGGCGAUGUUGUUUGGUCGAAACUUGGUAGUUUCCCUUGGUGGCCAGCGCUUAUUUAUCGAUCGAAUGGUGAAGGAGGUUCACAUACAAGAACGCUAAAUUCGAACAAUAAACCCAAACGACAGUUCUUCGUUUAUUUCUAUGGAAAGUAUCUUGAAUACGCAUGGUUGUCAACGCGUUCGUUGUUAAAGUAUUCCGGUUUGAACGAUUUUAUCGAAAACGCCGAAGCCGCUGUACAGAAGGCAGUGACAAAAUCCGAAAAGGUCGAAUUGGCAAAUCGCUAUCAAUUGAAAGUUUCUGUGAAAAAGCGCGUACAAUGGGAUGGAGCCAUCGAGUUAGCUGAUCGUGCGUUAACCAUGACAAGAAAUGAACGUAUCGAAGAAUUCAAAGAUCUGUUAAAUGCGGCAAAAACCAACAAGAAAUCAUCGAAAAAUAGUAGUCGUCGUCGAAAUGUUUCUAUCGAAAGUAUACCCGAUGAGCCAUUACUAAAGAAACGGCAGAAUGGAAAGAACGCGGAUUCAACGGCGACUAAUUCGGAUAUAAGCCAGCGGAAAUCCUCGACAUGUGUAAAGCAAAGUGAAAUAGAAUACGAAUAUCCUGUCCUGCCGACGAAUCAAAUAGUUUUGCCUGCACUCCGUCAUUUUAUUCAAGCGAACAUUCCUCCACUAUCGAAUUAUGAACAAAAACAAAUCGUCGAAGGUCUUCUUCAUCACCCGAAUCACGAAAAUCUAACAUUUGACGAAGCAGAAAGAUUUGCUCGUGACAAAGCAAUAGAAAUUGUCGAAGAAAACUACCACCAUCGAAUGGAUAUCAUUUCACCUGAAUGGUUCUACGAUUCUAUUCUUUUGAAAUAUCCUUCUCUCAUCUUUAAAUAUCGUUCAUGGUUUACAAACAUUGAACCGCACGUCAUUCCCGAUGAAACUGAUGCUCUGAAACUAAAACAGUGGCAAAUUGCUCUGAUGAUUCAGGCACAAAUAAAACAUGAACAGCAACAGUCACGAAUAACAGAUAGUACAUAA